UCAUGGACUCGGAAACGCGGAGCUCCGGAACUCGCUUCCGGAAGGUACAUUUUCCACGUAUAGUACUUCUCAAAAGGUCAUCUCCUUGCAGGACGAUGACGGCGACGAUGAUAUUCUGAACACGAAGGGCGUCGAUUUGGAAAUGAAUCUGGCUCAAGCGAGCAUAUUCGAAUCGAUUUACGAAGACGAUAAAGGUGGUCUGACGACUCAGUCGAGACGAGUGUUUGAGCUAUCUUCGGAACCUUUGGACCGAAGCUUCGCGUCGAAGCUUCUCCAUCUCUGCUGCGUAUACGACUCGGCGGACUGCGCCUCGGCGUUGCUCUGCGGAGAGCUUGGAACGGUGCCUCUUGUGAACGAGGUGGACGAAGAAACCGGCAAAUCACCGCUGCACACGGCGGCUGAAAUGCACGCCGUGCGGUGCGUUGAAUUACUGCUUAAGAAACGUGCUCGUACGGACCUCAGGACCAGGGACGGUCGUGCUCAGCUUGCUUUGGAGCUGUCUCUUUCCAGCUCAAGGAUGGAUGUGACUUGGAAUCCUGACGAUUACUCCAUUGAGGACUUGGUCGUCUUUCUUGGCGAAAAGGAUUUGAAUACUAUAAGACUUAUUUGUGAAAAAACGAAGGACGCUGCAGAGGUGGCGCGUGCAAAGGCCGUUGAGGGACGUGUAGUCGCUUUAGCUGCUAUCCUCGUUGUGGCCGCUGAGAAGAUUAAUGAAUCGAUCUUAGAGUUUCGGGAUACUGAUUCAGGUUCCAAGGAGAAGAUGACUAUAUACGAAUGCGUGAUAAGAGAGGCUUUGUCCUUGGGCCGCGCAACAUCGUCAGUCAAAGAGAGCGAGGACUCUCAGAAAAGAAAGCUUCUGCUUUCUGAAAUAGAGUUGCUUCAGCUCUUUGGAGUUAUUGCUCAAAGCCGUUGUACGGAGAAGAAGCCGAAAACACCGUCACCACUAGUCCAGGCCGUCCAGGCUGGAGACGAAGCUGUCAUUAUGCUACUUCUUAAGACAUGCUUAGAUAUAAAUGAUGUCGAUGCGGAAGGAUACUCUGCUCUUCAUUGGUCCGUUAAAGCUUCGAGGGUUCCCUGUCCAGAGGAGAUAAACAUUCUAUCGCUUCUCCUUAAACAUGGCGCUAGAGUGAGCCAAAAGAAUAAAUUAGGAUUGACUGCAUUUCAUACGGCUGCUGGUAAUGGUAACUCACAGGCACUUCAGAUCCUUCUACUGGAAGAUCCUGAUGGUAUCAACUACAAGACAGAGAUGAAAGAAACGCCACUGUUUUUUGCAGUAAAGAAUGACCAUAUGGAUUGUGCAGAGAUUCUUUUGCGCUGGGGAGCAAACAGUGAAGUUCUGAAUUUGCGUAGACAAAGACCAAUAGAUUUAGCAAAGUCGCAAGAUAUGCGUUUUAUGCUAAAUCCAACCAAUAUCAGUCUUAUAAAUCGUAACCUCUCUUUGCAACAGAAACAUACAACAUUGUUACAAGAUGAUGAGUUUUUCUUGGACACUGGAGGAACACUCCUAAGCAUGACAGAUGGAGAGACCCCCUACGAAAGAUUUUGUUCAAGCACGGCAGCAGAGAGUUGUAAAUAUUUUUCUUCUCCUCAAGGAUGUAUUAGAGGAGAAAAGUGCUUUUAUUCACAUAGUGAAGAAGGGCAUCGGCAACUGAAGCAGGGACCUCAGAAAAACCGUUCUCCUUCUGCAACGGAACUCAAAAAGAAAAUCUUUGUGGGAGGACUUCCUCCUCAAGUGAACUCUAAUUUGUUACGUAAGUUCUUUGGUGAACAGUUUGGGCCAGUAGAAGAUGCUUUAGUUCUUGUAACGCAAACAGGAAAUCAUAUUCAAUCCCGAGGCUUUGGUUUUGUAACCUUCAGAGAUGAGAAAUCCGUUCUAGCUGCUGUUCAAGCACAUUACGUCACCAUAUCAGACAAGGUAGUCGAAAUCAAAAGCGUACUCCCAAAAUGGCUUUUAGAAAAUGCACCCCAGAAAGUCUCGACUCGUCAAGACAGUCAUGAGAAAAAUGACAAAUGCCAACCUCAAGCACAGGUAUCCCGUGAGAAGAUUGUGGAUGAUUAUUUGCCUGAGCAAGGUUCUUGGGUUAAUAAGUUAAUGUCUGGACAAACCACGACAUGUUCCAAAGAAGUUCAGGCACACUCAUAUACAGCUCUAGAGAAUCAAAAAAUGCCUACUUGGCUAAAGAUUUUCAGGAAGUGGCUCCCGAGCUUCAUAGAAAACCUAUCAAAGCAUCCAAGGGAAGGAGAAUACGCUCUCUCAUCUCUGAAGAAAGAUUUUAAGGAUAAAUUUGGCUUGGAUUUGGACCACGCCUCUAUCGGUUACUCUAAGCUCAGCGACUUUAUUAAGUGUUUCUCUGACCUUUGUUGUGUUAAGGUUGUACCAAUAGGCAGACGUGGAAUCGCAAAUCACAUGGUUCUUUUACCAAAGUAUACCAGACCUCAACAGCAAGUUUGCCAUUUGCCUACAACACCCCAUACUAUAUCUAGUGCUGAGUCAAUAAAUGAUGGAGGUGACACUAAAUCAAGUUCUAGUGAAAAUGUUGGUACCGGAUUCAAAAGCUUCUCCUCCGCAUUGAGUGCACCAAAGACGGGAAUAUCGCCUAAUGUACCAGCUAGUUUUCUUCAGUUCCUGAAGGAAGAUCCUCUCUUUCAUUUUCGUCCCUGGCUACAGAAUGAUAAAAUGGGACAGUGCUUAGAGGCUGUUCAGCAAAGAAAUCUCAGCCAUCCACGACAUCAGGUUUUGGAGGCCCUUUCCAGAAGAAGGAACAACCAAUCAGUCUACUUUCUUCGAGAAUUUGAUUUCUUCAGCAGUUAUAAGGCAAGUAUCAAGGAAGGAAAGUGUUUUGCCUGUAACCAGCAUAAGGUGUUAUGGGCCAAUAUUCCCUGCCGACACUUGUUGUGGUGCUCUGACUGUAAAAUCAAGGCUUCACUGGCUGCUCGUAAUUUUUCACACAAAUGUGUUGUGUGCGAUGUAGAAGUACAGAACAUCAAUUUACUUCCAUGUAUUGACCUUAGUCAAAUCGUACGUGGAUGCAUCUCUCGUGAUGAAGAGUUCCCACCUUUCAAUCCUAAUCACAUACGAAGAAGUCCGCCCAAGAAGAAUACAUUUGCAGCUGGUAACUGAUGAAUUUAAGUACUUCUUUCCGCGAAGAAGCGGAGAAAGGUAAAAAAUAUAUUACCAAAAAAGAGUAGAAAAAGAAAGGUAAAGAUAGAAAGUGGUGCGCGUAAACUGUAAAUUGCACCCAAGAAAAAAAUGGAAAGAGGGAAAAAAAAAGGUUAACAGAUAACUAUUGCUGAUACUCGUUGCUUGAUGCUUUUGUUGAUAUCUCAUCAAGCUUAUUGUCUUCGAAUCUAAUUCGUUUAGUAUGGUUUUUGUAUCAUCCAUGUGAUGGUAUUACUAUAGUGUAACUGACCAGAAGGGUCCUUCAUACGUCAUAGUUCAUACCCUUCUAUUUCAAAGGUUUAGGAAACACCAAGGAGAGACCUGUUAUCAUAUAUAGCACACAUACGGAGUUCAGAAACGCAAGAAGUAACGUUUCAUAUUGCGUUUACAACGCACCGUA